GCAGAAAGCACCGAUCAGAUCGGUGCUACAUGUAGAACAGAAAGAUAACAAGAUCCGGAAGAACUUACCUGUAACUUUGAGCCGAUCGGAUUCAAGGAUCGACCCCUCCUGGAGCUUACUGGAGCAUUUGUCUACUGGACUAUAGAGACACAAAAUGCAAGCUUACGUGUACAUGUACAUGGAUGUGACUUUUAGCUAUUUUGCUGGCCCCACUUAAAACUUCAACUAUGUUCAGUCGAAAGAAGAAGAAAGCCCAAGCCCCACCCCCCAGUGAUGCAUUACCCCCCACCAGUACCCCACCGCUGAACAAUGCCACUCUGCUGAAGGGUAAGAAAACUUCGAAAAAGGAUAAGAAGAAGAAGAAGGAGUCAUUCACAUCGGAUGGCAGCCCGUCCGUCACUCCGAAAAAGAGAGGCUUCCGAUUUGGAAAGAAAAGCAAAGCACCUGCAUCUCCGUACAAUGACUCCUCCAGUGUGGCUAAUGAUUCCGUUGGCGACAGCAGCUCCCUGUACCAGUCGGGUGACAAUGCAGAUCUCAACACCACCAGGCACAGCAAUGCUACGUCGUAUUCUUCCAGCUUGAAUCAAAGCUCUCGGCACGGAGACCUCAGAAGUCCUAGUUUCGGAUCGCCUAUGAGCCCGUCAGACAGUGUGACGACAGGAAGUGCCUCCGGUUCCUACCAGGAGGAGCAGAAUCACACCAGCCGAGGGUAUGAAGAGAGGGACCUGGAAUUUUGGGAUGAGGCCGAUGUGCUCCAGUGGCUUGGAGAUCAGGGACUAGACUAUUUUGUUGAACUGUUUGAUGGCUGUGAAAUUGAUGGAGAGUACCUACUUGAUGUUACAGAAGACGACUUGAUUGAACUUGAAGUAGAUGAGCCAUCCCUCCGAAAGAGUUUGCUCAACGCUGUUCAAGGUGUCCGUCAGAAACAGGCCCACAGUAAUGUUCCCACCUUAGACCAGCAGCUAUCAGCACUGGGUCAAACCACCGACAGACUGGGAGGGAAGACGGCCAAGAAACUCAACGAUUUGUCCAAGGCAACCACCGUGGCCACGUCGGAUGUGAAAGAUUCGCCCAGGAAUCUGAGCCCCCAACCCAAACUGGUGCUUAAGAAACCUCCCCCAGCAUCUGAUUCUGAGUCAGAUUUUGACUUUGAUUCAGAUGAUUUGGGCAACCCUCUGGAUGACCUUCUUGACAACAGCGGCAAAAAGAGAGUAUCAGAUGAUGACGAGGAGUCUUCCCCGAGAGGUCCAGUUGAAAAAUCAGGGGCCCCGAGAGGAAGCGGCAAAAAAGCAGGAAUCUCGGAAAGUGUCGUUGCUAAGACGGACAGCCAAAGAAGCAAGGACCAAAUUGAUGGAGCUCCUCCUGACAAUCCUUCCGCAGCUUCAGAUUCUCCUCAUUCUCAAGGGAAACCUCCUAAUGAGUCUUCAACUCCUGCUGGCACGACUGAUGCAUCAGAGAUGCCAGCCAGCCCCACCAGAACUGUUUUUCCCAAGAGCCGCAGCAACAACGUGCAUAGUCCCCGGAGGCGAUCAGAGAGCAUCGUGACGACCUGGUCCCAGAAAGACGUGCUAGUAUGGUUACAGGAGGCCCAGCUAACUCACCUCAAAAAUCACUUCAUCGAACACAGAGUAACUGGGACACAGCUGUUCAACAUUGAUAUGCAACUCUUGGACUCCAUGGGGAUCACAUCAGAUGACGACAGGGAGCUUCUUCUGGCCAAGCUGUAUGAGCUGAGCAACCCAGCCGCUAACGUGCCUGAGAAAGAUCUGAUCAGUACUUUGAGCAAUACCAGCGGCUAUGAACACCGGAAGUACAUGGCGGCCAUGAAGGUCCUCCAGUCGUCAGACAGCGAGGAAGUCCAGAUUCUGCCACCUGAAACGUUGGCGGUACCUGAUUCAUUCAGCAGCUCCAGCCGCACCCCGAGCACAGCCAGCGAUGCUGGGAAGGGGGAGGAGAAGAAGAAAAAAGGAGGUUUGUCCAAGUUAAAAGGUGUCAUCUCGCCUAAGAGGAGGGAAUCUCGAGAUUAUAACUUGGUCCAGGUCUGGACUGACAUCUUGAGAUCAGGAGAUACAACAGUGUCAAUGCGUCUGACAGAGACAGAGAAUGUCCAAGACCUAAUCAAGCUGUGCCUAGACCAGCUGGACACGGUGGAAGAUUGGAGGCUGUAUUGCAUUUUAGAUGCUGCUGGAUCCUUGACCGAUCACAAAGACAAAGGGUUUGAGCGAGUGAUGGAGGAUGGAGAGUGUCCGGUCGUCGUGCAGCAGGACUGGCCGGAGCGGCAGCCUCGCCACUUUGAGCUGCGGCAGAGGCCAGCCCAGGGGGGUUCAGUUAAGGUUGUGCUGCGUCUGGACGACGAGAAGCCCAAGGGCAAGUUGCUGGCCAUCUCUCUGUCCACGCCGGCCAAGGAGGUGGUGCCUCUGGGCCUGAAGAAGUUUGGCCUGACGUACUCCGACCCCAAGAAAUACUGCUUGCUGGAGGUGGAUAAAGCUGGAGAUCUGCAUGAUGUAGACGAUGAUUCCCUUCCGCUGCAAUCUGAUUCUCAUGCCUUUGUGCUAUGCGAAGCGGCCAGCAAGGACAGCCAGCUGGCCUUGUACGAUGAUAGGGAGGAAACCGAAGACAAGGUUAAAGUACAGAGGAACGACUCACAGACGUCAAAAGCCUCCUCCAAAGUCUCAUUCUCAGGGGUCAGUCUAGGGUCGUCUGCAGGCUCCGAUGACCUGCUCGCCUGGCUGCGCAUAGACAACAAAAAACUUAGCAAACUAGAGGAGGAGAUGGCAACAAUUGAGGAAUCUCUUGGGCCAGCAAAGGGCAGUUCAAAAGGGGCCAACAGAACGAGUACACAGGAUACUAGUUCAUCUAAACCACCAACUUCACCGCAACCAGCAGAUGAGAGAGCUGAGAAGAAUGCAAAAGAGAAAGACGUCAUUAUAGCCAAACUUCACCAAGAGAACAAAACACUGCAAGAAAAAGCCAAGCAGCUUCCAGUGGUGCAGAAGGCCCUGAUCCAGCUACAGCAGACAUACAAGCAGAACGAGACCGAUUCCAAACAGAGGUUGAAAGAAAAGAGAGAGUCUCUGACAACGGGAUCAGGAGAGUCAUUGCCAAAGGCCAUCACAGACAUCCAGGGUCGUCUCCAUCACAUUGGGGAAGAAAUCAACAACAAAAAGCUGAACAUCCUCAAGAUACAGCAACAGCAGAAGCAGUUCCAGGCGAGGGGCCUGAACAGCAGCAUUCAGCAGGCUGAGCUUGAGUACCGUGUGGCCCUGGAGGAAUCCUCCAUGCUGACCUUGCAUCAGCAGCAGGCCCAGCUCCUGGCCCAGCUUGAACUCAGCUUGGCAGACCACCAGGCCAACAUGGAGAAGAGAAAAGCAAGCGAGCAAUCACAACCGCUCUUCUCGAGUCUCCAAGCGGGCCAGGACUACUCACUUUACACUCUCCACCAAUCACGAGGCAAGCAGAGCUGGGACUUCACAUUGGGCGCCAAUCAGAACGGUCGAGGAGCAGUAGUCCAACGAUGCUCAGAAGACAGUCAGAUGAGAGUAGGGGACAGGGUGCUGGAGUUGAACAGGGAGAACGUCACCAACUCACCGAUAGCCGAAAUCCUCCAGAGUUUAGGCAGCAAGUCACAGGCUCGGCUGGUGCUAAUGAGGGAAUCGGAUGAUGCGGACAGGGGACCAGACCUGGAGGAGAUGGAGAGGUUACACGAGCACCUGGAAGCAGUGGAAGGAGAUAAUAAUAGACAGAUGGAAGAAAUCAACAGGUUAAAGGGGUUUGAAUCUCAGGCAAGACAAGCAACUCAGUUACAAGUCAUGGUGCAGAAACUUCAAUCACAGCUCUCAGAUUCAGAGAAGCGGGCCGAGAAGUUGGAGGAGCAACUUGUGGCCAAGGACAAGGAGCAGAUCCUGAGGCAGCUGCAGGAUGACAAGCACCAACUACAGAUGGAGGUGAUUCGAUUGAAUGAAAAUGUUUGCCAGCUGGAGAACGCACUUGAUGAGAAGACAAGCGAGUUGUCUCAGGUCUGUCAGGAGAGGGACAGCGUCAUCGAGGAGCUGCUGAAUAAGGCAGACGAGAACAAGACGUCUUCCUCCCACCACCUCAUCAACGAGGCUCUAGAGGAGGGCUUACCGCUCUGGGAGGCGCUCAAGUCGGCCUCCAAGCCGGAGAUCCUGGAGGUCUUGCGUGAGGAGUUGGAGGAAGCCGGCCGUCAGAAGGAGUACUUGGACCAGCUGUAUACACUCAUGCUGGAAAGGGCUCCUAGCCUCUUAGCAGACCUAGAGGAGAAUUUUGAUGCAAGUGAGCUGUCGGACAAUGAGGAGUUUUGCUAGCAUGCAGUCACAGUGCAAUGAUCAGUGAGACGUUUGUUUUCUGCCAAGGAAGUUACAAAAUAAGCAAAUGGUCACCUGAAAUGCAAAGUACUGACCAUAGUGAAAUCAAAUGUGUACAAAUUCAAACAGAUUGGACUAAAAUGGAAUUGGUUGUGGGUAGUUUGUAUUUCAUUGUACUUAUUCAGAAUAGAAUUUAUCUUGUACAAAGGUGUAAAUGAUGAGAGGUCUACGAAAAAUUCAACACCAGCUGCAUAUUUGGUAGUGUUUAAUUUCAUUGUUUGUUGAGGGGAAAUUUUCAGUACUUAAGUACUUUGCCCAUGGCGUAUGCAAGUGACUACCAAAUCUAAUUUAUGAGGUGAGCAAACAGUAUUUAUGUCUGUAGCUCUUUCAUCUGAGAAUCAGGGCAGACUGUUUUAAAUUUACCGAGCACACAGUGCUUGUAAUAUUAUUUCUUUUGGAAGUUGUAUCUCUCCGAGAAGUAAAAUUGUUUCACCUACACCCACAAAGUAAGAUAGAUGUGUUUGUAAUGUUGUUUGUAUUACUGUAGCAUUUCCAUGCUCUCAUUUUUUGGAAGGCUGGGUUUCACAUUGUAAUUUGAAGGAAGCUGAUGUGUAUUCUUCCUUGUUGUGUGAUGGAUUUGUAAAGACUGUGUUGUGACACGUCAUGUAUCCUGUUUAUUUUCGAGGUUUUUGUUUUCAAAAUGGUGACUGGGUCAGAAAAAACACACACCUAAGUAUCUAAACUAGAAUGUCACACAUGGACAUCCAUAGCAGGUCCAUGGAAUAAGCGUAAUUGUUACAGCCAUCUCAGAUGCAAACAGUAGGCGAGCUGGAACAAAACCCUUUCUAUGAUUAUUUUUGCGUAGAAAGCAUUUGGUGUAGGGUAAGAAGUUCACUGUAUGUAACCACCCCUUUCUCUAAGCAGAGUAAUGUUUCUUGUUCUUGUAAGCUUAUUUGGCUUUAGUAACACCCUCUUUUUGUGAAAAGUCUUUUACAAGCUCAGUGGUUCUUGCUGAAUAUUGUUGGACACUUUCUCACACCUCUUUUUCAGUAGACAGAGUAAAUUGUAAAAGUUAAAAUGUACUCAUGAUGAGCAACUCCUUUUUUGAAGUACACUUAUAUGACUCAAUUUAAGACCAGUACUUUCACGGGUUUUCACAAAUGCAUUCUUUCAUUUUUUUUCUUAACAAGGUAAGAAAUUACUGGGACUUUAUAAGGCAGUGUUGAUUUUAAAUGCUUGCACAUGCUAAGCUGUUCACAACUCUUUUUGGCCCGUUCAUGUUGGUUGUGAGCAAUUUGACCUUAGGAACAAAUUGGUGCGAAAGAUUGAAUAGCCUGUCCAAGACAUUUUUAUGUAAUGGACGAAAUUCAAUGGCCACACAGAAUGGUUUUUGUAUUUCAUGUAUUCAUUUUGACCAUGUAUUAAUUUUUCAUUUAUCAUUUUACUGUUUUAUCACAUUUACAAGCAAAAACUAUAAUAGAACGCAGAAAAUUAUUUCAUGCAUAGUCCGUCCAAAUCAUUGGUGCAAAAUUUGUUGUUCUUGAAAUUGUAAAAUGGUUGUGAAUGUAUAUAUGAUUUUUGUAACUCAUAUUGGAAAUACAUCAGCCUCACAUUACUGUGUAAUUUGUAAAUAAAGGAAACCGUUAAUAUUCAGAUAUUGUUGUUCUAUAGAAAAAUCAA